UGUUGUAAGUUGUUUUUGAAAAAUUUAUCGUGAGCUCAGAGAACAGAGAGUGUGAUAAAUUUAGGUUACCUAUUUUGCUGCAUAUUAAGUCCAUUUUAAGUGUUUUUUUUUUGCACUGGCAAUUGGUUGAUAGAACAGAGAUAAUUUUGAAAUCUUAUAUAUAUUAAAUGCAGGUAUAAGAGUUGGGAAUUGGUAGAAAAACAAGCACAGUAGGAGUGUGUUCCAGAUUUGCAAUGGAAAAGGGUUUGUCAAAGGAGCAUGAUGAAGAAGGGUAUGAUAAUGUUCUUGCUAUUUCAGAAGAAGUAAUUGAGAAAGAAAGCAUAUCCAGUCACAGUGCCCUUGAUAAUGAUAAGGAAGUAGAGGUAGCAGAUGGUGAUGAGGAUAUAUCUAAUGUAGAGAAUAGGGGGCAUCUAUUUGAAAAGAAGAUGACUGCUAGUGAUGUCUGCAAUAAAUUACACAGGCUAGUGAUCCCAAAACAUCACGUUGAACGUCAUUUUCCUAAGGAUAAGUUGGAAGAUUGUCUCACAUUUGUUGAUACAAGUGAUAGUAGAGAAUGGAAAUUUAGGUUUGUAUUUUGGAAGAGCAGCAAGAGUUAUGCGCUUACAACAAAAUGGAUAGACUUUGUCAAAUAUAAGGAUUUGAAAAGAGGAGAUACUGUUUACUUUUCCAAGGAUAGUAAGAUGCCAAGCGAUAAAUUUUACAUUACAGUCCAUGUCUCUCAGGAUUUGAUGAGCAAUGAUUGUGUGCAAGAGCAAUCUGGUUCUGAUAAGUUACUUAAGGAGAGAUUGCAUACCCCAUCUAGUUCACUAAGAUCACUAGCUGUGACAACUGUGAGUAUUUGUGAGCCCAAAGAGUUGAUGAAAUCUGAUGAAAAAGGGAGAGUAGAUCAGAAUACAGAUCACAUAUUUUAUCCAUGCCAUCAGAAAACCAGCAAUUGUUUUCAUGGGUCUCAGCAACUUGAAAAAAGAAAAGCUAUGGAAGAUGAAAGUGAAAAGAAGUCAGAUGAUGUUGAUCUAAAGCUAUUUGGGUUUGAAAUCAGUGCUAGUCCAAAAGCACAAAGACUAAUGGGGGAUCCAAAAGAAAAAAAACAGAAAGAUGGUGAAGUUGGAAUUGAGUCCAAAGAAAAAGAGGUAUCUGGGAUUGAAAUUGUUCCAGAAGUCAAUGGACAAAAUGAUGAAGAAGACUUGGACUUAACGUUGAGACUCUGAAUUUUUGUUCUUGAUAUUUAGAGGUGUUCAAACCAGACAGCUAAAUGUUAGCGAGAGUUGUAAUUGUGUCAAUAAUUGUUAGUGUUUUUAGGUAUCAAGCUGGGUGAAUUAGUUAUGAGUUUGUAAUCUCUGUAAAUGUAAUCUCCAUUUUGAUAAA